GAUGGCCUUUAUAUUUACGUAAUCUUGCCUGAAGUCGCUCACAUCGGGGAUACGCGCUUUGCGUCGCUUGCGUGAUGGAGUGGCGAACGGUGGUGGUGAUAGUGCUGGUAGUGAGCCUCUGUUUUUUUAUGGUACCGAUAAGAGUGGGGCCUGACAAAAAUGCCGAGGACAUCAAACUGUUCGUCGAUUACGUUGCCCGAUACAAUAAAUCUUACCGGCACGAUCCGCCCGAAUAUAAUGAGCGAUUCGACCGCUUUCAGAGAUCACUACGACAUAUCGAGAGGAUGAACGGCUUUCGGUCGUCGCAAGAAAGCGCGUAUUACGGACUGACGGAAUUUUCCGACUUAUCCGAGGAUGAAUUCGUGCAACGGACUCUGCUUCCUGACUUAUCCUCACGAGGCCAGAUGCACAAGGCAGCAUCGUAUUAUCAUCGGCACACCAAGAACACGAAUAAUCGCUCGGAGAGGGAGACAAACGUACCUCCGAAGAUAGACUGGCGUGACAAAGGGGUGGUGGGGCCGAUUCAAAGUCAAGAGAUUUGCGGCGCGUGCUGGGCGUUCAGCACGAUCGGGGUGGCCGAAUCGAUGUACGCCAUGAAAAACGGAACUUUGUAUCCCUUUAGCGUGCAGGAAAUGAUCGACUGUAUGCCAGGCGACUUUGGCUGCCAAGGUGGUGACAUAUGCAGUCUGCUGUCGUGGCUACUGACGUCAAAGACCAAAAUCAUUCCCGAGAGCGCGUACCCUCUCACACGGCGAGACGACCAGUGCAAAUUGCUCAAGCUUUCGGCGAAGACGUCGGGUGUUGGCAUAACGGACUUCACAUGUGACAGCUUUGCGGACGCGGAAGAUGAACUUCUGGCAUUACUCGCCAGUCACGGACCCGUGGCGGCCGCCGUGAACGCCAUAUCUUGGCAGAAUUACUUGGGCGGUGUGAUCCAGUAUCACUGCGACGGCUCGUUCAGUAGCUUGAAUCACGCGGUGCAGAUCGUGGGAUACGAUCUGUCAGCGGGAAUACCGCAUUACAUCGUCAAGAACUCGUGGGGGACGGCCUUCGGCGACAAGGGCUACCUUUAUAUCUCUAUCGGCAGCAACUUAUGCGGCAUAGCCAAUCAAAUAUCGUCGGCUGAGGUCGACUAAUCGAUGGCGACGGCCUCGUUUGCGUUCCAGCGAGAGGCAAAUCGUGCAACCGUGGGACAAACGUGUGUUUGACGGUUUAAUGUGAGACCUGUAUGUUCAGUAUCUCUCUGUAAAGAUACAACGCUGCACGCGGAGGUGUUGAAAGACUGCGAAUUUAAUAAUAACACACUUAGGAAUAAAAACACUUGGUUAAACGUG